ACUACGCCUACUGAAAGAACGCGUAUUUAUUUUCACCGACACACUGCAGGCUACAGUAUACAGUACGAGCAAAUAUGUUAAUUUGAUAGUGUAUUCCGCUUUAUAAAAUUAACGUAUUCACAGCAUCAGCUCAUGCGUUACAAUGUAGACUAUGGCUCAGUUGUAAUUCCCCAAUAGCACAAUGCACAAAGAUUAUUAUUUUCCCUGAAUGCUGAAUGAGGGGCAACUGGCUUGCUUUUUAUUUAUUUUUUAUUUCAUCAAGAGGGGUGUUGCCAUCGAGAUAUAUGCCAAUUUAGCUAAACAGUCUGCUAUGAAAACAGGCGCUCGCUGAUUCACUCGACUUUGAUCCGGAGAAUCACGCGCCUGAUAUGCUACCAGCAUAUUCUGUUUAUCCUGCAGUCCAAGUUCCCAAUCUUGUGUGUAGGAUAUCCUGACAAAAAUUAUGGACAGCCCUACCAUGGAGACUGCUGCUAAGCCCAGAGAUGCACCUCCUCUGAUGGUGGUAGAGACGCCAGGGGAGGCUGAGGCAGCGUCAGAAGGGGCAGAGGAGGAGGAGGAGGUGGUGGAGGAAGAGGAGGAUGAAGAGUCGGCCACGGUCAGGGCCGCGCAGGAGGCGGAGAAGGCCGAGGCGGAGGCCGCUGUCGCCCGGGAGAAAGCCGCACAGAAGCAGAUCCUGGCCAUUGAGGAGCUGGUGUACACUGAGAGGAACUACCUGAGGAACCUACAGCUCAUCACCGUGACCAUCCGAAGCAAUCUGCAGAAAAUACAGCCCGCGCUAGCCAAUCUGGAGGCCAUGUUCCUGCACAUCGAGGAGGUGAUGGACGUUUCCGGACGUCUCCUCAGCCUGCUGGACCAGACCCCGUCUUCUGAUCCCAACUUCCUUCACUGUCUCUGUGAUGCCUUCCUAAGUCUGACAGCAGACAUCGAGAUGGCUUACAAGGAGUACCUGGCCAACUACAAUAACGUCACGGCUCAGGAGAACAGCUAUAAACAGAAGGAGGCCCUUUGGAACGAGAUGGUGAAAGUCAUCAAGACCUCUGCGCCGGAGGUCAAUGCCACGUCGCUGACUUUCUUCCUGGUGAUGCCAGUCCAGAGGAUCGCCCGCUACCCCAUGCUCCUGCAGAUGAUCCAGAAGCACACAGACCCCAGUCACCCAGCCUAUUCCGUCCUGCAGGAGUCCGCCCGGGCCGCCGUGGACAUCAACUGCAGGAUCAACGAGUACAAGCGCUUCCGAGAAGUGGCGGACAAGUACAAGAAGACGGAGGUCCUGACCAUUAAGGACAUGAUCAACAGGCUUAACGGGCACAGUAUUGCCAAGAAGACCGCCCGUCUGAGCCAGCACAUCAAGCACGAAACGGGGAUGGUACCGAAGCUGAAAGAUGAGGAGUUUGAUGCACUGGAGGGGUUUUUCUAUGUCUUGGAGAAGGGAAUCGUGGACUUGCAUGACAAUGUGACUGCCUAUCUGGGUCACCUGCAGAAGUUCAUUGAGUGCAGGCCGGACGAGCACGAUCUGGAUAUGGAUGGUGAGAAGGCAGCGGUGUGCUAUAAGGAGAUCACAGCAGGGUUGAGACAGUGGAUAUACCCCGCUUACGAGCGCAGGCUGAGCACGCUGGUGUUCAGGCCCCUGAACGCGCUGCGGGACCUGCUGCCCGGCCCACGGAACCUGAUCCGCAAGCGUCUGCACAAGCUCCUGGACUACGAGCUGCUGGAGGAGAAGGCCAGCCUGAGCUACGAGGAGCAGGCUGUGGCCGGCGCCUACCGCACCAUCAACGCCCUGCUGCUGGCCGAGCUGCCCCUCUUCAACAGCUCGGCCCUGCAGCUGCUCUGGGGCGUGCUGGGGGCCUUCAGCUGCCUGCUCCGGGACCUGUCCUCCGAGGUGGAGCAGCUCACCGCCGCGUACUCGCAGCAGCUUCCUCACAGCUACUUGGAACCCAGUGCAUUCUGGGGGUGGGCAGGAGGCUCUGUUCUGGAGGGGGCGAAGAGGCUGGAGAGUCUGUGCCAGAGCAUGGAGGAGGAAAUGAAUGCCCCCAUUGUGCAGCCCCUUAGCCCCUCCUCCCAGAAGCGGCUGAAGAGUCUGACGGAGAAGCACGGUUCCGGAAAGAUCUACCAGCUGAGCGGCCAUGUUGUGGGCAGCCGUGACCUGGACCUGACCCUGCAGAGGGGCGAGCUGGUGGCCGUGUUGAGUGAGAUGGACACGCGGGGGGAUCGAAGGCGCUGGCUGGUGGACACUGGAGGCCCCAGGGGUUACGCGCCGUCCUCGAAGCUGGUUCGCUAUCACCAGGCGACGGCCGACCCACCCCCCUCCCCGUCCCCACAUUACACCGCCAUGGGGGGCGGAGCCGAGCCCAGGAGACACUCCUACACCCCGGAGUCGCACCAAGUCAUGGCCAUGCCCAUGCCCCUGCCCUGCUUCCAGGUGUUUGCGGGCUACGAUUUCAGAGCGCGGAGCAGUCACGAGGUCUCGCUGCAGGCCGGCGAGCCCGUGAGGGUGCUGGAACGCCACGACAAGCGUGGCAACCCCCAGUGGAGCCUGGUGGAGGCUCACGGGCAGCGGGGCUACGCGCCCUCCAACUACCUAACCGUGCUGCCCUCCAACUACCUGGCCCCGCCCUCCUCCGCUUACCGCUAGAGUCGCCAGCGUGGACCCCGCCCGGUGACUCCCGCGCCUUCCGGCUGAGGACAGCCCUCAGCCGCCAAUCACUGCGGGUCUCGUUUCGCUCUGUCCGUCUGUGUAGAUUGACAGCCAACGCCCCCGCCUCUCGGCUCUGCCACCCGCUGCAGACACACAGGCCGGAGUCUUCUGCAUCCCGGCAAUGCAGCUUCCGCUUGUAACUGGACCUGGCAAUAGAACAUGAAGAAGAAAAAAUUGACCAUAGAAGAAGUCUGGAUUGUUGGAAUCAAUCCCUUUAGUCAUUUCAAGGGUUUCUUCCUGUGCAUCCCUGGCUAGUCUGCAUGCCGUGCUCAAAGUGCUGACUGAAACUACGUACAUUUUCGGAUUAGGCCCGUGUGCGGAAAAGCAAACUUGCUGUUAGUGCCUACAUUGAUUUAUGCCUCUAUUAUUCCUCUGUAAAUUUGCACGAUUAGUGAACUUACUAUUUGUUCAUUGUUCCGUACAUUCUAAGCUCAUGUUUCAGACUAUAGGAAUACGUGUACAUUAGUCUCAGGAUGGAUGGCUAUAUAAUUUGAAUUAGCCUACUAUGAGUGACUGAAUCAAAUGACCGGUUAUUUGGAUUGGCAGUGGGCGAUAUGACGAUUUUAUAUCGUCGCCAAUAUAGUUUAAGCCCUGCGGUUUUUUGUGGAGAUUGUAGGCUACUUUUCAGAAAAGUUACUCAGGGGAUGAUUGCUGUUUGUUAACAGGCUAACAUGGUAAGUCACUGUCGUUGCAUCGAGAAGCCUUGAUAAACUGGAAUGAUAUUUUAAGCAAUGGUUAUAUAUUCUGUCUAGAACUGAAGAGGCCUAUUUUCAUUCAUUAUUUUUUUUGUGUCUCAGGUUUCUGGCUGAUGGGCAAAUCACAGCACCGUUUUGUGGCAGUUUGAUGAGUGCUCUGAAAAAUUCAGCCGCAGUUUCAUAAUUACGGAAAAUAGGCUAUGUUAGCGUUCCACAUUCAAGCAAAGGAAUUCUUACUGUACUUAGAGAAACUGAAAUACUAACGUCAAAUUCAUGUUUUUAAAUGAAACUAGCAAAAAUAAUGUUAUGACAAUCGUGUUAUCGUCAUUUUGUUUAUUAACCGUAUUAAAUAAACUUAUUUGCAACGCGUAGGCUAUCGCCUGAAGGUCUGAUAAGACCGCCCACUUGUAAUUACCUCUAAUGUAAUAAUUUCUGAAUCGAUGUGCAGACUUUUGAUGGGUUUAGAGAAAGGUUGCGGUGCCACAGGUGUGCCUUCAUAAGUAUUCAAGUGAUGAGCAGCAGCUUGAGAGUUGUACAGCAUCUCUGCAGUGCAGUAAAGUUCAGCAAGUCUCAGAAGGACGCGUCUUACUGCAGUGUUACCUCGCACACGUCCGACAGUAGCAUUAUCUGUAGUAAUUCGGAGAUAGUUUCUUGCAUUGUGCAUUAGACCUAGGUCAAUUACAUAUUUUGUAAAUGCCCGUAAAAACCGCCAAGACUCCUGCAGAGCGUGGAAAAAACAUUAGCUACCAAAAGGGAGGAUCAGAUCAAUGAAUGUUGCUCUGAAUAUUGGAGAAGGUACUGCAGGUAUUUCUUAUAGAAUGUAAUAUUCUGAGGCAGUUUUACCGUGUGUCGUGCCUGAAGGGUUAAAUAAUUAUUAUACCCAGAUCUUGCGCUGGUAAUGAUCUUCGCAUGGUGUUUCUGGAACACAGAGACACUGUCACAUCUGUUCAGUGUCAUAGCAGCGCUAGGGGAACGCUCUCCGACAGAAGCAUAUUUUGGUCUGCAGAGUUGCUUUGCUCACUGCAGAUGGCACUGCAUUUCUCUAAUCUCUCCACAAGGGGGCACACAGUACCAGCCCAGGCUGCUGCACUUCUGGUCACAUCAGUCAUCUUCAUUACUCGAGUCAGUAUUAAUGCUAAUCCUCUCCUGCUGUACAAGCUGUACGACGAUACACUGUAAACGUAAAUUAUGCGUUUGAUGAUGAAUAUCUACUUGUCUCAGCUGUGAACGAAUGUUCUGGCUCAGUCGCAUCUCGUGUUCAGGCUGACAAAUCUCAAUUUCAGCACGUUAGAGGUAUUUUAUGUUUGUUUAUUUAUGCUAUUUAUUUUGCAGUUUCAGGUCCAUCAACUUCUUGUGUUUGAAUCUCUGUGGUGGUUUGCACUGAAAUUGAAAGACAUCUGUUGCCAAAGUGACUGGGAAUGUUUUCUUCAGUAGAUAUGAAUUAUGAAGUGUUGAUAUUUAAUUGCUAGGAUAAUUAGAACACAUAUGCCUUGCAAAUGAUGUCAAGCUUCCUUGUCAAUUAAUUGAAUAUUUCUCUUAAUGGUCGAGCCUAGUGAUGGAAUGAGUGAUUAAGCUGUCAAGAAUGAAGAAUAGGUAUUUUUUGGCUUUUGUUCAAAAAACAUCUUGCAUUGAUUUGUUUGCACUAACAAAAACUACUACACUUCGUAGCAUAAAUAAAAGGAUUACCUGGUACCACCAAA